UCUCUUCAAUGCUCUUUCUACAGUCCGGUUUUGCAUAGAAGUCAUAGAAGUGCAGCGCUCUAGCGGGCAAGCAUAUCCGAUACAAAUAUAAGCUUUUUUUAUGUCGAUUGAGGUGGAUUUUCUCUGGAAAAAAGUGAUAAGGAUGAGCUCUGAAUGCCUGGUAUUUCAGAGCCCGUCCUCGGUUGCUGUAACAUGGUCACACCCGCUCACAGUGAGCAGCAGCUCGGACACAAACGACAGACAGAGCUCACUGUGGAGGCCGUGGUUAUCCAGCAGCAGGGACCAAUCAGAGCGAAGCCCUCAGAGCAGGCUCUCCUGUCCAUACUCCAGAUCAUUGGUGCCAGGCUGCUGCUCAUCAGAUGGGAAACGUCAGGCCUUCCAGCACCCUGUCAGGCUGUUGUGGCCCAAAUCAAAGUCAUUUGAUUAUCUGUACAGCGACGGAGAGGCCCUACUGAGGAACUUCCCCAUUCAGGCAACAAUCAGCUUUUAUGAGGAGACUGAAAGCGAAGAUGAAGAUGAGGACUGGAAGGAGGAUAGUGACAUUGAGGAGGGCCUCAAACAGCAGUCUCAUUUCAUGUCCUGCAACUGAUGUAAAAGUGACAGAGAGACAAACCACCAAAAGAAGGCACUGGAGGAGGGCAACUCAGUCUGCAGCCAGUCUUCACAGGUGUGACCAAAAAGGUCUCUAAAACAUGGAUAUGAUCAUACUACUACAUUUUGCUAUGUGAAUGCCUGGCUUCUUCACCAGCCCUGCAUUACAGCUCCUAAAAAGCUGACUUUUACAAAAGCUGCUGAUCUAGUUUCUGAUUGAAAACUCAGGUUUUUUUUGUACGGACAUAAUAAGACUUUUGUAAGCAAUGGAGAUAACAUAACAUUGGCUCUGUCCCAAUAUAAUGGUUGCAUCCUUCUUCUUUGGUGUGUGCAGUUGAAGGCCGAUUACGCCACAACAGCACAUUAAAGGUGAUGUUGCAAUAUGUCCUAUUUUCCUGGCCAAUCCUCCUUCUAGGCCCAUAUUAUCCCAAUAUUCAUUGUGUGCCAUUUUCUUUAAAUCUAUAGUUAGAACCAAAGUUUGAUUUGGCAUACAGUACGCAAUUACAUGCUAAGCAUGAGUUGAUAAAAGAAACAAAACAACAAAAUGGAAGUAUGAAAAUACAAUUAAUAAUAAAAUGGUAAGCAAAAAAAGAGUCUCCUCAGGAUUCAAAAUAUGUAUAGCUUUGUAAAUCACCAAGGCUUGUUUUGUUUUUCCUGAAGGUUGCUCCUUCAUGGCGGUUAACAACCUUGUGCUGGUCUACAUAAAUCUACAAGUAUGGAUGAUUUGUUUGGACAUAAUAAUCAAGGUAUUGUACAUCAGCUGGCUUCCAGUGCAGUGUUUGAGAUUGCAAGGAAACGGGAUGGUGCUUCGUAAAGUGUCAAAGGGAAAAGUGGAAUCCUCCAGACCAGACUGUCCCAUUUAAGUUUGGCCUUAGGGGUCUACACAGGCUACGAGGGCUGGGUCCUUCCAAACAUGCUACCUCCAAAAUGAGACACACCUUAUCGCUUUCUGAUUGGGUCUUAUCAAUUAUACCAUGUAUAAUGCCUAUCACAUGACCCUUUCCCUGAAAUAACAGUACAUCAGCCUUAACAAGUACAAUUAAACUAAACACAAAUUACUGAUUUCAGGCUCUGAUCUUGUUGUCAAUGCUAGCUGCUUGUCCUGUUGAAGUUCAUAUAUAAUGGCACUGCCUAUAGCAUGAGGGAGAUAUUGUUGGGGUGAUUUAUGACACAUAAAUCAUGCCUGAAAUCACAAACUUUUUUUUUUUUAAUUCCAGGCAUGUGAAUGUAGACAGAUUGUUUAAAAAUAAAGAAGUAGCAGUGUAGCUGAACCCUGAAAGCUCUACAGGAUUAUGUCACUCAAAGUAAUGUGUAGUAUUACUCAGACUUCUUCUGUUCAUUUUCUGUGGACUUUAAUUUGUGCUGUAUUGCACAUGCCUGUUGUGCACUUAUACAGAGUAUCUGCUCCACACUGAUGUUCUGUCAGUGUCUGGUGAGAGAAUAAAAGCCAAGCACCAUGCUCUCCCAUAUUGGGACACUUGUUAAUG